ACUGCUUGGUCUGGGUUGACUCCCGUAGUGGCGCAAUGGGCUUGUUCCUAAGGCUCUAGGAGUCGCGCCAGCGAUAACCACCGAUAUUGCACGCGAGUCAUCUGGACCUGAGGCCUCCCAUCAGCAAUGACUUGGUCGUCAGCACACAGGGGCAGGCUGGGUACGUGGAAGCGGAUUUCACAGCCCGUCCCCCCGCCCCAACCGGGAUUCGUCCUAACCGAUCCUGUCCUGGUGAAGGAAGCCCAAGCCGAGCCUGGGGAAUGGGUCCCGUUAUCAUCCGAUUAUGCUGGAUGAAACGUGAGGGUGAUGCUGGUCGAGUACCUUGGGGUGGGAAUCGGAAAUCAUGGGGCAGAGGGAUCGAUACGGAUUACCUGGUAAUCUACCGAGACCUCCGACAUGUACCGGGUACUUACGCGACACCACGCCACGGACA